CACCGACUCUGCGCUCCAGUCCACGGCUCUCCAGCGGAGAAGCGGAGCGGAGCGCACACAGACAGACACGCUGCCGGUCUUUCGUGCAUGAACAGCAGCCAGUGCCUUCUGUUCGACCCGCUUCGAAUCUUUAAAUAUAGACGGAUCUAAACCUCACCAUCAUCACCUUCCAAACACAGGAGAGCUGCGGCGACGUUUGGAUAUACGCACCGCACAGGCACGGGGAUGUGGAUCAUAAAGUUCAUGUUGAUUUGGACCUGCUGGUUCGGAGUGAGCGCGGACUUCGAUGGCAGGUGGCCCAGACAGAUGGCCUCGUCCAAUGGGCUGUGUCGGUACGGCGCCCGCAUCGACUGCUGCUGGGGUUGGACACGUGUCUCCUGGGGCCAGUGCCAGCCUCUCUACGUCUUAACCCACAGAGUAAUCGGGAUAAGGUGCCAACCCCAAGCGGUAUGUCAGCACGGAUGCAAACACGGAGAAUGCGUGGGACCCAACAAAUGCAAGUGCCAUCCGGGUUAUACAGGAAAAACAUGUAACCAAGAAGAGCAGGGCUAUGUUAGCCCCCCAUUAUGGCACAGUCACCCUCCCGUUUUUGUUCCCAUGGACCACCAGCCGAUUGCGGUGCCUUCGGAGGACUUGAACGAGUGUGGCCUCAAGCCUCGGCCGUGUAAACACAGGUGCAUGAACACGUACGGGAGCUACAAAUGCUACUGCCUAAACGGAUACAUGCUGUUGCCUGAUGGGAGCUGUGGAAAUGCCCGGACAUGCAGCAUGGCGAACUGCCAGUACGGCUGUGAAGUAAUGAAAGGAGAAGUUCGCUGCCAGUGCCCUUCCCCAGGUCUACAGCUGGCUCCAGAUGGCAGGACCUGUGUGGAUGUGGAUGAAUGUGCAACAGGUCAAGCGGUUUGUCCGCGUUUCCGUAAGUGCAUCAACACAUUUGGGAGUUACAUCUGCAAGUGUCAUGAUGGCUUUGAUCUGCAGUACAUCAACGGGAAAUAUCAGUGUUCAGAUGUGAAUGAAUGCUCUUCAAAUCAACACCAGUGUGGUCCCUACGCCACCUGCUAUAACACACCUGGUUCAUACAAGUGCAAGUGUAAGGAUGACUACAGAGGUGUGGGCUAUGACUGUAAACCUAUUCCAAAGGUAGUAAUUGACCCACCACGACCUGGAAAGACCACGCCAAGCAACAAUAACAACAAAGGGGGUAACAAAAUUCCUGGCUCAGACCAGAAGAGGACCACAACAAUCAGACCACCAGUGACGGCUAAACGGAUCUCACCUACAAUAAUCACCACCACCACCAAACCUCCUCCAACCAAAAAAAUCACCCCUCCUGCCAGAGUCCCAGCGACCACCACCCGAAGGCCUCUCAUCCCGACACGUAAACCCCCUGUGGUGGUGACAAACAAACCUAAGGUCCCGCCCCGCCCGCAGCCUACUAGAGCUACUACAAAAGCCCCGGUGGUUACAGCAGUUGUUCCCAUUAUCCCAACACGCAGACCUUUUACACCGUUUGUGACACCAGUUGAUAACAGCAUCAAAGACAUUACCCAGAAACAAAGAGGCGACGUUCACAUACCACGAAAUCACGGGCAGAACAAUGUGCUUGAUAUAGAUUUAGACAUUGAACUGGGCAACACAGAAGAGGAGCUGAAGGAUGACCCAGAGACCGGACAUCUGAGCUGCUCUUUUGACCACGGCCUUUGUGGAUGGAUCCAGAGAAGAGAGGGAGACCUUCACUGGGAGACAACAGCAGAUCCCUCAGGUGGGCGGUACCUGACGAUCUCAGAGGGCGGAGAGAAGCGAGGUGGGCGUGGCGCUCAGUUGAUCCUCCCCCUGACCACGCCCUGGAACGAGGGGAACCUGUGCCUGGCCUUCAGACACAACAUGGCAGGGCACCACGUAGGCAUGCUGCAGGUGUUUGUCCAGAAGGGACGGCAGCACAGUCCUGCCGUCUGGGGUCGAACGGGAGGAAACGGCUGGAGGUCGACACAGAUCACCAUUUGGGGCAAUGGGCUAGAAAGUGUGGUGGUGAAGGGCGAGCGACGGAGAGGCCGCAAGGGCGAAAUAGCUCUGGACGACAUGAGUCUCAAACGAGGUUCCUGUCAGGAGGAGCACAAUCUGAGGAGACUUUAACAGCAACAACACCACCAACAAAGACUUUUAAUGCCAGCUUUACUCACGGGACUCUAGGAAGACGGACACCUUACAGAAAGGGACGUGACUUCCUGUCAAUCCCAGUACGGUUAUGGUGCGCUUCCUCUGGCCUUGCUCAGUGGCUACAAGUGCAUGUUCCAGCUCAAUACAGUGCUGCAGGGAUGACAUAGUUUUGUAGGCCAAAUUCUGGAAAUGAGUUAGCGUCUAUCAGGUUCAAUUGUCCUGAAGUUUGUGUUUUUUAAAUAGGUUUUGAUUUAAAUCCCUGGUUAAACACAAGCUUGAGAUAUACAUGUUUUAUUCUACAUCAAAAUACAUCAGUAAUACCCCAUUUUUACUUAAAGCUUCUACUUUUCUUGAAAAGGCGAUUGCUAACAAGUCUAAAUAGAGCUGCAGACAUCGUCAGGGACAUUAAAUGUCAUCAAGCCGAUCAAACUCAUCUACUCGGAUGUCGCUUAUACUGCCUCAUUGUGUUUAUAAACGCACUCUUACAAACUUUUCUCACUUCAGGGAGAAUGUUUUUAAAUAAAGACUUAAGAGUUGUUAGAAGUGCAAUGGUGGUGACGCUGAAGUCAUGUGACUAGGGGUGUAUCCGAAAUGUGAAUCCCUAAAGGCACGGAAAACGAAUAAGGCGUUCUACGGAGCCACUAAAGGGACAUGGUUAGCUGCUUACUAGCUGUAGCCUGGUUCAUUAUAAAACAUAGAAUUUCGCUUGCAACAUAAACAGAGUAAAGAGAGAUGACUGAUAGGACGAUGGCGAAUGAUUUUCAGAUCCUGAGCACCACUGAUAAGCAUCUAAUCUUGUAAAAUGUGUGGUAACUACUGCUGCUUCGUAGUAUGGGAGUGUUUUCACAACGCUCGUCAAUUGACCAUAUUGGCGGCACUGAACGUAAACAAUGCCACUGAACCGAACAAAACUUGCAUAUUUUGCUGAUUAUUGCAUUAUUGCCAUGUUUUGGGCUCUACUAAUCGGUUGGACCGGAAAAAACAUUUAAAGUACUAUAAACUGCCAGAAGUUAUAACAAAUCAAGGAGAAGAGUGCAAAAACUGCCUGAGGGACAAGAAGUGUUUGUGGUUGGCCAAACUGAACCAGGAUUUCCAGGGCAAGAAUCUUGACAACAUUUGUGUUUGUUCUUAUCAUUUCCAGUCAGGUAGAUGAAAUAUUAGGCUAAUAUCUUAAUUAAUACUGCUUGUUAGUAUCUUUACCACGUAUGAACUUAAGUUUGUCAAAAUAUUGCAGCCUUUCCUACUUACUAAGUCCUUCUCUGUAUGAUUUAACAGCUUCCGUACCUUUUUUACCGUGGUUAAAAUAGCAUAAAUUAGCACUACAACCUAUUCAGUAUUACAUUUACCGUGCAAUCCAUGCUGUUGUUUACAUCGGAGUAUCGCCGAUAUAGCUGCGCAUCCGGGUCUCCAAAGUGAAAUUAAAACGCAAUUAAAAGCGAUUUCAAUUUCACAGCAUAUCAAUACCAGCUCCUUGAUGCCCGCAAUUUAUAUACAGUAUAAUUUCCCAACGAUAUAGAUGCAAGAGACAGCAAUGAAUUUUUUUUUUUUUUCUUCCAGUCUCUCCUUUAUUUUCUUGAAGUGAUUUCGUAGUGCACGUCGUUUCCUGUCAGAACACGGUAUUCGGAUUCGUAGACUUCUGGCUACUUAAUUUAGGCUUCAGAAGCUGUGUUCAUUUGUGAAGAUUAUCAUGAGGGUGAUGCUAACUUCCAGGUUGGCCUACAAAAAUCCAUCAUCACUGCAGCGCUCUAUUGGAUGAGAUGUCUAAAAUGUCCGAAGUCUGAAAAUAUACUUUUGUAUAUUUUAAUUUUGUAGAUGUAAAAUUUGUCUCCCACUUCAAAUCUUUGUUUUGAACUGUCGAGCAGACGUCGUCAUGCCAUUGUAAAUGCAAGUUGCCCUGUUUAACUGUUAUUUACCUCCCGAAUGAUUAUGAUGUCCUUUCAAAACCUCUUUUUUUAAAUUCGGCAGAAGUGCUUUGUUAACCAGCUAAUCUGAGUGACGAACUAUUUUUGGUGUAUUAUUGUAAAUGUAUUCAUACAUGUGUAUAUAUAUAAAUAUAUUUCAAAUAUGCUUUGUAGGUGCAUAUAUAAGUGAAUUCUUCAUCGUAUAAGUGAUGCAGGACAAUGUUUACAUCACACGACCCAGUUUUGAGUAUUUUAUUGAUGUAUAUUGUUAAGUACAAACCAGUAAACUGUUCCGAAUUUUACUUAUUAAUGGCUGUAUCAGCCAUUCUGUAUGAUCAUCACAGCCAUGGUUAACCUUUAAGACUAUGUGUUGAAUAUGAAAGCUCUUGGUUUGAUAUUCUGAUGAAGCAACGAUCUCCAAACAUUAAAAGGUGUGAACUUAAAA